UUGAGCGAAUUGAAUGGCUGGGGCAAAUGCUGAUGCGCCUUUUUUUCUACCACAAAAGUCCUGAUGUGGGCAGGGCUUUUAUGCACCUUUGCCUCACUGAAGCGGCUCAUUGAUGUGACCCCCCUCUUGACCUUCUCUUGAAGCUUUUCUUACGUAUAGUGUUGCACCCCUGAGGCGACACAAGCCAAACCUGUUCUCCUUUGGAAAUUUUGGUGCAGGAGGAACGUAUAGAAUGCACAAAGGAGCCAGCCAGAAAGACAAGAAAACUGUUGACAUCACUUGAGUCUCACUCAAAAAAGGCAACCAAAGUAAGAAGUCUGGUGAGUGAGGAGCUCUUUGUUCAUUGUCCAUUUUGUAGGGUUUUCUUAUUUGAAAAGCACAAUAUUGUUUUUAAUUUGACUUUGAAGUUACGUCAUUUAAUACAUUUGCUCAUUUAUUAUGACUAACGUGAAUGUUCUUUCUCAGUGUGAACAGGUGAAAAAAUAUAUAUAUAUGUGUAUAUACGUGUGUGUGUGUAAUUGUAAUCUUUUCAUGGCACAACACAAAGGAAAUGAUUUGAUACAGUGUAAAGUAGUCAUUGUGUAGCUUGGAUAACUGAAUUUGCCACUGAUGUCUAAACCGCUGGCAACAAAGUGAGUGCACCCCAAUGCUAAACUGUACAAAGAAUUGUUGCUCAACAUCAGUGGUUCUCAAUUAUGUUCUGUCAUGCCCCCACUGGGGGACAGAAAUGUUUUUGCGCCUCCCCGAUUUGAAAUACUAUUGAAACUGAUAUUUAUCUGUACUGUACAGACUGAACUCGAAACUGACACCAGCGAAACGCAACAAAAUGGAGAGCAGUGUAGCAUACAAGCGUAUUCAAAAGUCAAAUUGCAUGCUGAGUACGACAAAUUCAUACAUGUUGGCAGCAGGUCUGUGCUAAUAUUGAAAGUCCGACAGUUCACUGCUCCCAGUUCCCCAAAGCACUGCUCUACAUAAAGAUUUUCUAGGUUUUAAGAAUAUUGCCAACACCCUGAAAUUGAGCACAGCACGGUGGCCAUGGUCGACCAAGGAAGUUGAAUGCACAUGCUCAGCGUCAUAUCCACAGGUUGUGUUUGUAAAAUAUGCGUACGAUAAGACAAAGACAAACUUAUUUGGUUCAGAUAGUGUCCAGCGUGUGGGGCAGCCAGGUGAGGAGUACAAAGACAAGUGUGUCAUGAUGCCCUCCCUUCCUAAAUUGAGCCGCAGGGCAGUAUUCUAACAAAGAUCCCAAACACACCUUCAAGACGACCACCCUUGCCGAAGAAGCUGAGGCUUCAGGUGAUGGGCUGGCCAGGGCAUGUCUCCAGACCUAAACCCAACUGUCAUGGACGCCAGGAGGAUUCCAGAGGGAACCUGUGACGCUCUAGUGAACUCCAUUACCAAGAGAGUUAAAACAGGUUGGAAAACAAAGGUAUCCACACUAACCAUUCACACUUCAGACAUUUUCAGUGGGGGUGUGUUGUUUUUUUUUUUCUAGGGAACAGCAAAUUUACACUGUUAUCCAAGCUGUACACUGACUACAUUGUAUCAAAGUGCUGUUACUUUAGGAUUAUCCCAUGAAAAGAUAUAAUUUAAUAAUUUGAAAUAAUAAUUUGCAGAAAUAUAAGGGAACUCACGUUUGUGAAAUACUGUAUACAAAACUGAUUUGUGUUGCAGGAAAACAAGUCGGGUAUGAACUGGAACGUGCCUGUCCUUGUCCUCAUCGCUGGCGUGUGCGCACUUCCGGGUUUGCGCGCUGUCCGCCAGUACCACUACGCCAAAGAAACAGUCAACUGGCGGGAGGCGCAGUCGCUCUGCCGUGACCUCCACAGCGACCUGGCCACAGUCACCAGUACUGAGGAAGCAAAGAGACUGGUGGAGGUGUCACACGGUUCCAUUGGCGGUCUUGGCGGCAAGACCUGGAUUGGGCUGCGGGACGACCUCAACAAGUGGAUGUGGUCAAAUCCUCAUGACGGCAACCUGAGGCCAAGCGUGUACAACAACUGGACCAAGGCACAGCCGGACAACUUCAACGGGAAUCAGUUGUGCGUGAAGAUGGUGGGCGAUGGCGGGUGGAACGACAACUCUUGCGCCGAAUUGUUGCCAUUCGUCUGCUACAAUGCCACUGCCGUUCAGAAGUUCGUCAGGGUGGUAGAGCGUCUGAACUGGUUGGAAGCUCAGAGCUACUGCCGCAAAUUCCACACAGAUCUAGUCACCAUCAAGAGUGAGACGGACAAUGUCAAAGUCAGGAGCAUUAAUGAUGGGAAAGACGUCUGGAUCGGCCUCAACAGGACUCGGCAGUGGUCUGACGGGAGUGACUCACUCUUCCGCUUGUGGAAGGCGAAACAGCCGGAUAACGCCAAAGGGAUUCAGCAGUGCACAGUGGUGGAUCUUGGCAGUGAGGAAGGACUUUGGUCGGAUGAAGACUGCACCUUGAAGCUGCCGUAUGUGUGCCUCAGAGAUAAUGUUCAUGUGGUCGACCUCCAGGUGAAGCUGACCUCCACAAUGACGCUGACCGAGAAUGAGCUCGCCGUGCUGGUGGAGAGAGAGUUUUCCACCAUGUUGAUCCAAAUGGGACUUCCUGACAACAUUGAAGUCCGUCUGAAUAGCGGCCUCAACCAGGAGUGACAUGCAGUCAGGGGAGGCAUAAAGAAGAAC